AUGAACUUGCUAGGCGCAAGCGACCGGGUAGAAAGUAUACGUCCCGAGCCUGUGAGACAUGUCGGCAACGACGAGCCAAGUGUGAUGGCAAUCGGCCGUCUUGCUCUCGCUGCAUUGACCGUGGCGUUCAAUGCGAGUACUCUACAGCAGAGGACGGGCGGCAGCCAGCGCCCAAGUCCUGAUGUGAUCAUGCUGCGCAAGCGUAUUGAACUCUUGGAGCGUGUGCUGCACACCCACGGCAUUGAUCCUGACGCCGCCAUCCAGCUAAUGACGAAAAAUGGCGAGGCUAACACUGAGCCUCCGGCUUGCUCGAAUGUUGAUGACUUGUGUACUACGUUUGACGGUGCACUGACGCUUGACGAGUCAUUAAAUUUCGACCAGGAUGGCGAAGUGCGAUAUUUUGGGCCGACAAGUAUGCGAUUGCAGUUUCGAUCUCCAUCAAAAGAUUCGCCAAAUGAAGAGGCAUAUCAGUCCGAUGGUCCUGCCACCCAGACUGGUGAAACACCGCUGGGUGGGAGUACAGACUCGUUAGAAGAAAGCUUGGUACCAGAAGACGGGCUUCGAUCUCAUUUGAUCGACCUGUUUUUUGAGUGGGAACAGCCAUGGCUUCAGAUGGUGAACGAGAAACUGUUUCGAGAUUCCAUGAGGCAUGGCGGACGAUACUUUAGCCCCCUUCUUCUAAAUUGUAUCCUGGCUUUAGGGUCACGGUACUGCGAUCGCAUAGAAGUGAGAUCGGACCCCAAUGAUGCGAACACAGCCGGCAAGAUAUUCCUCGAGAGGGCGGAGAAAUUGAUUCAAAACGAUCUCAGAUGGCCCAAGAUCACAACAAUCCAGUCUUUGUCAAUCAUGGGCAUGGUUUAUAUUGCAAUGGGAUCUGAUGCUGCUGGGUGGCUUCAUCAGGGCAUGGCCAAUCGCCUGGCCUUGGAUAUGGGUUUCAACAUGGAUCCCUCAGUCCUUUCCGGAGCAGUUGCUCUUCCACCCAUCGAAAUCGAGCUGCGAAGGCAGAUCUACUGGGCACUGUAUUGCCACGACAAACUGUCAGCAAGCUACACAGGCAGGGUGUGCACGUUACUGGACUCCCAAGGUGUCGUCAACAAACCAUUUCCUUUAUGUGCCUCAGAUGUUUAUCUGCCCUCAGCAAAUGGCAAUGGACAAUUAAGGUCUGCUUCUCAAAGAGACGUGGUACAGUUGCAUAGGGCAAUGAUUGACCUGUGUCGUAUAUUCGAGAAAGUCCUGCUUACCUUCUGGUCUCCAAAGCCACUCCUCGAACCCCACCAACGUUCCACAUUUUUUGACUCCUGUGUGCUUGAACUCAAGACCUGGUACUACGAUCUUGCCCCAGAGCUCAAAGUUGACCGUCCAUCUGGUCCCUCCCGAUUUCCUCACACCUACACUUUAUGCAUGGUAUACCAUACUGUGUACAUUUUACUUUGCGUACCCUUUCUGAGCAACGACUCUGCCAAUCAAGAUGCUAGCAAUCCCGCAGACCUACAGUCACAACAGAACAGCAGCGACAAAGAAUCGGAGCGUGCUUGUAAACAGAAAGUCAUGGCAAUAUGCGCCAACUCCGCCCGAGGAAUGUGCGUCGUCGCCCAGAAAUAUAGACAGACAUUUGGCAGCUUUAGGCUGAGCCCUAUAACAGCGACACAUUGCAUGUUAUCAGCGGCAUCGAUCAUCAUUGAGAAAUGUUGCGUCGAUCCCAAAUCUGAGACAGGUAACCAGGGUUCCCGAGGUCCAUCAUCACAGGCGGCUGUAGGACUCUGCCUUCAGGUUCUGCGGGAACUCUCGACGUCAUGGAAUAUCGCAAAACGCAUCGGACGGAAUCUGGAGAAGUUGUAUUGUCAACGACUGAACUGUGAUAUUAAUCAUAUGCCACCCGCCCCCUCACUGGAAUGCGAUGGCCUUUGCACAAGUACCUAUCAACCGGCAGGCAUGGAUGGCUAUCUAGGGCCCUUGGCCCCGACUGAGCCACUCAAUGGUCCACUCGACCCGAAAGACCUGCAUGUUCAAAAUACCCUUUCGGCACCACUUCCGAAUAUCGAUUGGUUCGAUGCCCCUGCUUCAACCAACAUUCACCAACACGAUAACAACAGCUUGGUUGGAUUUGGGUCAGCCCCUAGCCCCGAUGAAGUGUUUAUCAGCAACCUCGGCUUUGCGUUCUCGGCCAAUUGCCUACCCAGCGACUAUAACAUGUUUGAUACCUUGAAUCAAAUGUAUUUAGAAGAUAUAUGGUGA